AACUACGAACUCUCUUUGUCUCUCAAAUGGAGGUUCCAAAGGAUCAGAUCGCGACUCUUAUAGAGCAUGGGCUCUACGAUUCUGCUGAAAUGCUUGGCUGCUUUCUCGUUUCAUCUUCGACUGUUAGCGCCGAAACUAGUCCUCAGCUCAAGGCGGAGAAUUUGAUUCUAAUGGGCGAUGCUUUAUUUCAUCAGAGAGAACACCGGAGAGCUAUUCAUACAUACAAGCAAGCGUUGCAUCAUUACACAAGGAUUCCGAAGCAGAGCUCCGGUAUUUCGAGGAGUUCAUUAUCUUUAUCUACAAGAUCAUCUGUGAAUGCCUCUAGCAUUUCUGCUAUUAAUGAGAACGAGGUGAGAUUCAAGAUUGCUUCAUCUCACUUUGCUCUUAAUGAAACAAAAGCUGCGAUUGCUGAGAUGGAAUCUGUCAAGACCAGGAGCUUAGAGAUGAAUAUACUGAUGGCAAAGCUUCAUCGAAAUUCUGGAUACAACCGUGGUGCUAUUGCUUUUUAUAAAGAGUGUUUAAGGCAGUGUCCUUAUGUACUCGAAGCCGUUAUAGGUUUAGCUGAACUGGGAGUCAGUGCAAAGGAUAUCAUAUCAUCUUUUACUCAGACUUCAAAUAGAAGUGCAAAGGUUUCGCUCGAUCAGAUAGAUCCUACCCGUUGGUUGCAACGUUAUGUAGAGGCCCAGUGUUGUGUUGCCUCGCAUGCUUACAAAGGGGCGCUGGAACUCUUUGCUGAACUCUUACAACGAUUUCCAAAUAAUGUACACUUGUUGACUGAGACAGCAAAGGUUGAAGCCAUUAUCGGGAAAAAUGAUGAGGCCAUAAUGAGAUUUGAGAAGGUUCGGUCAAUUGAUCCUUACACAACAACCAGUAUGGAUGAGUAUGCAAUGCUGCUUCAGAUAAAGUGUGAUUAUUCCAGGCUAAACAAGCUCGUCCACGAUUUAUUAAGCAUUGAUCAUACCAGAGCAGAAGUAUUUGUUGCUUUGUCUGUGCUAUGGGAAAGGAAAGAUGCAAGGACGGCAUUAUCUUAUGCUGAGAAGAGUAUCAGGGUAGACGAGAGGCACAUACCCGGCUACAUAAUGAAGGGAAAUCUUCUUUUACAAGCAAAACGACCAGAAGCUGCAGCGAUCGCCUUCAGGGCUGCCCAGAAUUUGAGGUCCGAUCUUCGUUCAUAUCAAGGCUUAGUCCAUUCUUAUCUUGCAUUUGGUAAAACCAAGGAAGCAUUGUAUACCGCCAGAGAAGCAAUGAAUGCAAUGCCUCAAUCCGCAAAGGCUCUGAAAUUAGUUGGUGAUGUUCAUGCUAGUACAUCAAGUGGCAGGGAAAAGGCAAAAAAAUUCUACGAGUCAGGUCUGAGGCUUGAACCUGGGUACCUUGGAGCUGCCUUAGCUCUGGCUGAGCUUCAUCUAAUGGAAGGGAGGAAUGGAGAUGCUGUAUCACUACUUGAACGAUAUCUCAAAGACUGGGCUGAUGAUUCUCUCCAUGUCAAGCUAGCUCAAGUGUUUGCUGCAACAAAUAUGCUACAAGAUUCUUUAUCACACUAUCAAGCUGCAUUAAGAAUAAAUCCACAGAAUGAGGCAGCCAAAAAGGGUCUAGAUCGCUUGGAGAAACAGAUGAAGGGAAUAGACCCAGAUGCAACUGAUGAGAAUGACGAGAACGAUGUUGAAGAUGUUGAUGGAGACACCGAAGAAGCUGAGCUCAUGUGAAGAGAUUCUUAGUAGACCAGAAGAGUGUGUAAACUGUAAAACUAUCGAAUCCUAAUAUUAAUAGCAAAUCUCAUUCCUUUUGUUUCCUCUAAACUUAGAAUAUGAAAAGAAAAAAUGACCAAUAUU